AUGCUGGUACUUCUCAUCGGGGACUUCAAUAUGCCUCACCGAUCGGCGAAUAUUUCACCAAAGUUUCGCAAACUUCUAGUCCCCAACAAAAUGCAGCAUGUGUUGAGCACUGGUAAUUUGUGCUCGCGAGAAACGUUUGACUACCUCAGAACUCUGUCAUCCGAUGUUCAUGUGGUCAAGGGAGAAUUCGAUGAUGAGAUGCUCAAAUAUCCAGAUACAAAGGUGGUUACGGUUGGCCAGUUUCGCAUUGGAGUCUGUCACGGACAUCAAAUAAUCCCAUGGGGAGAUUCCCGGAUGCUGGAAUUGCUUGCAAGACAACUCGACGUUGAUAUUCUUGUCACUGGAAACAGCUACGAAUGCAAUGCCGUUGAGAAGAGUGGACGAUUCUUCGUGGAUCCAGGAAGCGCCACAGGAUCGUUCAGUGUCAACAAAACUGGACCAGUGACACCUUCAUUUGCUCUUCUGGAUGUGCAGGCGGACAAUGUUGUCACCUACUUGUACCGUCUGAUUGACGAUGCUGUCAAAGUGGAUCGCAUCAUUUAUAAAAAAUCAAAGUCGACAUAA